UUCCCUGAGGUGCUCAGACCGGACGAGAGUAAAAUGGAGUCUCCCAAGACCUUCAUGAGAGAGCUGCCCAUCACGCCAGGAUACUGUGGCUUCAUACCAUGGCUCAGUUGCCAGGAAAGCUCCAGCGAGGACCGCAUGAAUCCCUGUGUGAAAGCCUUCCAGGAGAGAACGCAGAGAUACAAGGAGGAACAGGAGGAGCUAAACUGCUCUGUGGCCAACACCCGGCCCCUGAAGCCCAUCUGUUCUGAGGACACGGUCCUGUGGGUGCUGCAUGAGUAUGCCAAGAAGUACCACCCCCUGACUCUGGAAUGCAAAAACGAGAAGAAACCUCUGCACGAGCCCCCUAUCCCUGGCUGGGCAGGCUACCUGCCCAGAGCCAGGGUCACUGAAUUUGGCUAUGCCACAAGGUACAGCAUCAUGGCCAAAAAGUGCUACAAGGACUUCCUGGGCUUGGUGGAGCAGGCCAAGAGGGCUCAACUGAAGCCCUAUGAGCAAACGUACGAUGUGAGGUCUAUCCAGUCUCUUAACCCUUCUCCAAAAAUCUUGCAGCUGCAAGGUCUCCCAACCUCAUUCCCAGAAUCCUCUGGGCCAGGUCAGACACCCCCGAGAGAGGAUCCCCAAGCUCCCAGGCCCUGUGGUUGUGCUCAGUGGUCCGGUCUGUCAUGCAGCAGGAAUGUGUAUGGGGAGCCACAGUCCUCGGCAAGGAAAUAUGCCCAGAGCUAAAGUCCUGCAUCCUUCUAGGGAGAUGUGAGCCUCAAGGGAGCUCAGACACCUUCUGUGCUUGCUUUGAAAUCAGCCCCCUCACCCUCUUUGGGCAAUGAGGAGAGUUAGUAAGAAUCCCUUAACCGAUGCCC